AUGUCUUUGCAUAGAAUGUCUCCCAGCGUCAUAAGUUUACCAAUUACUCCGAAUUUGGCCCAAUUGCAGAAACCAGAUUUCUGCAAACUAAUGAGCAAUAUCGAAACGAUAAUAAUGGAUAUAGACGGUGUUUUGUGGAUCGACGAUAAACCAAUACCACAUUCAGUCGAUGUUGUUAACAAACUAAAAGAAAAAGGAAUACAAAUCAUAUUAUAUACUAAUAAUUCAACCAGGAAUAGUGAAGAAUUUUUAAAUAAAGCUACAAAUAUGGGAUUCCUUGUCGACAGAAAUGAUAUAAUUACUACAGCUACUUUAGUUGUAUCAUAUUUGAAACAGUAUAAAUUUGAUAAGAAAAUCUAUCUCGUUGGCUCGAGAGGACUAGCGGAAGAGCUGGAACUAGCGGGAUAUAGACAUCUGGGAAUAGGUCCGGAUGUUCUCGAACACAGCCUUGUUCAAACAGUGGAAAAUUUUCAACCGGAUCCCAAUGUUGGCGCUGUUGUAGUUGGUUAUGAUGCCCAUUUUUGCUACACCAAACUUUUGAAAGCCGCUUCUUAUUUAAAUAAACCGGAAUGUCAUUUUUUAGCCACCACCGCAGAUGAAUGUUGUUUAGUGAAUCCAGAUAUUGUUUUUCCCGGAACGGGUCCAAUUCUCAAAGCAAUUGAAGCAGCGUCUCAACGUGAAGCUAUUGUCUUAGGAAAGCCUUACUCACAUGCACUGGAAGCCUUGAAGAUUGCCAAAUCGAUCGAUCCUAAGAAGACCAUGAUUAUCGGUGAUAGAACUACUACUGAUAUAUUUUUCGGAAACCGAUCCGGUUUUAUAACUGUCUUAGUUUUAUCGGGGGCAACUGAAGAAAGUAUUUUCGAAAAAAAGAGAAGUUGUAGGAGGAACUUGAGAGAUUUCGUUCCGGAUUAUUAUUUAGACACUUUGGGGGAGUUGGAUAGAAAUCUUAGUUGA